AUGCAACAGCAACCAACUCUCCACUAUUUCGAUAUGAUGGGCACAGCUGAACCAAUUCGUAUGAUGUUCAAAUAUCACAACACCAAUUUCAACGACCACCGCAUUACUGAACAAGAAUGGACCCACCUCAAAACCACUGGCUUUUCUGAAUUUGAGACUCUUCCAGUCAUGGAAAUUGAUAUUUCCUUAUCAUAAACUCUCUCUAAUUUUUUUUUUCAAAAAAUCUUUAUUUUCACCAAAAACUAUUUUCCUUAUAUAAUUAUCCUUAUAUAUCUCAUCCUUAAUAAGUAUAAUAACAGACUAGUUGAACCAUUCGCCAUCUCAAAAUACAUCGCCCACAAGUUCGGCUACCUCCCUAACACCCCAAUGGAAAUGUACAUGGUCGAUUCCAUCUGUGAAUAUUGCUGCAAUAUCAACAAAAUGUAUAUGAAAAUGUACGAAGAAAGAGACAUAGAAGGCAUGAGACGAUGUUGCAUGGAAAAAAUGCCGACUUGGCUCAGAAAAAUCGAAACAAGACUAGAAAGAAAUAACAAUGGGACUGGCUUCUUUGUGGGGAAUAACGUAACUUUGGCUGAUUUCUGCGUUUUCCAGAUGCUGUGGGAUACUUGUCUAAAACCUGGUAAGAUAGAGCAAUGUGGAACUAUGGUUAGUACUAAUGCACCAAAGCUUAUGCAAUGGCACAAUAGAAUGAUGAAUAAUUGUCAAUGUUUCAAAAAUUAUUUGGAGACAAGACCUCAUAGGGAGUGUUAG